AUGGCUGUGCAUAUUUCUGAUACAGGUGGAGAUGACCAUCUAUUAAGUGAGAUAGUUAUUGAAAGUGGGAGGAAAAUUGCUGAUCCAUUUGGUUCAGGGCUGAAAGCAGUGCAUUAUGCUGUACAUGUGAUCAAAGAGAAAAAUACAGAAGCUAUCAGUGCUGAUACUCAAGGAAUUAGACCUUGGACUCAUGUUCAAAAAGCUUUACUUGAAACAAAAAUAAAAGAUAGUAAGAUACAGCAAGCAGUUAAAAAAAUAGCUAGAAAUUGGAACUGGGUCUCUAAUGCCAGUAAUCAAAGAAAAGCAAGGAUCUUGAUUAUGUGGGAUCCAAAAAUUCUUGGGGUUCAAAUUAUCACCACUUCAGACCAGAGUAUCACAUGCAAAAUUGUAUCAGUUGAUGGAAGAACAGAUUGUAUGAUUACAUCUAUUUAUGGCUGUAAUCAAAUGGAGGCUAGAAAGGAGUUAUGGAAUGAAUUGAAGACUAUCAAGCAAUCAAUGGGGAAUGAACCAUGGAUCUUGUGUGGUGAUUUUAAUGCUGUAAUAAAGGGGGAAGAAAAGCUUGGAGGUGCAGCUGUUACUGAGGCUGAAACCAAGGAUUUUAGGGAUUUAAUUGAAGACUGCCAUCUAAACCAUCUAAAAACAACUGGAUGUUUCUAUACAUGGAACAAUAAGCAGGAUCAUGAUACUAGAGUGUGGUGCAGGCUGGAUAGGGCUCUGGUGAAUGAUGCAUGGCUUAACAUGUACAAUGCUAGUCAGGUUGAAUUCUUGCUUCCUUAUUUUUCUGACCACUCUCCUGCUAUGGUAUCUCUAUUCCAGGAUUGUUCAAAUGGAAAGAAACCUUUCAGGUUUUUUAAAAUGUGGUCUAAGCAUGAAAGCUACAUUCCAACUGUUUCUGCUAUCUGGCAAACAAAAGUAGAGGGGUACAAAAUGCUCUCAGUUUGCAAGAGACUUAAAAUGAUGAGAGGUGCUCUUAAGGAAUUAAACAAGAAACAUUAUUAUAAUAUCAGUGAACAAGUUCUUAGAGCCAAAAUGGAACUUGAAGAGGCUCAAAGAAAUCUGCAAAUUAGUCCUCUCAAUUCAGAUUAUAUCAUGAAGGAAAAGGAGUGUAUUACAAACUACAACAAACUCCUAGAUUGUGAACUUUCCUUUCUGCAGCAAAAAGCUAGGAUUAAUUGGAGUGUUCAAGGAGAUAGGUGCACAAAUUUCUUCCACUCUAGAAUCAAAGCAAACAGGCAUCAUAAUAGGGUGUUGGUUCUUUACAACAACCUAGGACAGUGA